UCCGUCUUGGACACGAUCGACCCGUAAAAGCCAGUUGCUCUUCCUCGGAGUAUUUUAAUAUCCGUCCUUGAGGCCUUCGCUGGACCUUUGAGGACAAACUCACUAUCUCCUCAACUACAGCAUGUUGCCAACGCCACCACCUUCACCGACCCUUAAUGGAUUCUGUGCGCCGGAAGAACGACUAGGUCAAGUCCUUGCUGGAAGGCUGCAAUUGACCGGUAUCCUUGGAGUGGGAGCCUAUGGAGUUGUCUAUACUGCCGUGGACAUCCAAACCAACAUCCCCUAUGCUGUCAAGGCGCUCAACAAGCUUGGCUUGGAGCCCCGACAGCGGAAGUUCCAGCAACGAGAGAUUCAACUGCACCACCAGGCAAGCGCUCACCCCAAUGUGGUUUCCUUGGUCAAGAUCAUGGACUCUCCAGACUGUACAUAUGUUGUGAUCGAGUAUUGCCCAGAGGGCGAUCUCUUCUCAAACAUCACAGAACGAGGGAAGUACAUUGGUAAUGAUGCUUUAGCCAAAAGGGCCUUCAUCCAGAUCUUGGACGCUGUGGAUUACUGCCAUUCCAUCGGAAUUUACCAUCGGGAUUUGAAGCCGGAAAACAUCUUGGUAACAGAUCAGGGAAUGACUGUCAAGCUUGCCGACUUUGGCCUCGCAACUUCCGACCCCAUCACCUCCGACUUUGGAUGUGGUUCAACUUUCUACAUGUCUCCAGAAUGCCAAACUUCUGUGCCCAAGCCAUAUUCCUGCUACGCAUCGGCCCCAAAUGAUGUUUGGAGCCUAGGCGUUAUUCUAGUGAACCUGACCUGUGGACGCAAUCCAUGGAAGCGGGCAUCGCUUGACGAUAGCACCUUCCGCGCCUACAUGAAGGACCCCAAGUUCCUCAGGUCUAUCCUUCCUCUUUCCCCGGAACUGGAUUCCAUUCUUAAGCGCAUCUUUGAAUUCAAUCCGGCCAAGAGGAUUACCAUUCCAGAGCUCCGGGAACUGAUCCUGAGAUGCCCGAGGUUCACGAGCACGAAGUCUGCGGCUCCCACACCGCUCCCCUCCCCUCCAUUUUCACCAGUUGACUAUGUCCGGGAUGCUGCCUUCAAUGGAUGUUAUCAGCCUGUCCCUGUUCCAUCUGUUGCUCCUCUCCCUGCUCCUCUUUAUACGCCCAUCUUUGAGCUCCCAUAUACGCAACACUCGACCUCAUCGGGGAGCUCGAACUCGGACAACGACUCGGUGUUCUCCUCCAGUUCUUCAGCUUCGUCCACCUCGUCUACGUCUUCUUUCGCCCAUGUCACCCUUCAACCUACCCACAAAGUUCCUACAAGGGGUGUUCAAUCAACAUACGUUUCUCCACCAGUUUCUAAUACCUGGUUCCAACCCUUCAUUCAGGCCGCUAAUCUGGUCAAACACGUGUCUUUCCAGCCACCCAUGUUGGCAACUCCGGUCCAUGUUUACUGAACUGUCACUACCAGGCCACUCUAUCAUACGGAUCAAUUAUUUCCUGGACACGCUUCUUCACGUUGUGUUUAUAUUUUUCAUUACUUGUCGAAAAGUCAUGAUGAGAUGAAAGUUACUGAGCGGUGUGUUUUGCACGGUGUUGGUGUAUGGUUCGGGUUUCGCCGGCGUUCCAAACUAGACUUCAUUGACCUUUUGCCAUGCCAAGGAUUUGGAUAUGCCUACCAGGAGGGACCGUUUUUGCCUUGAAUUUAGAAAAUGUUUUCAACCAUGGUGCUGUCUUACUAUUUAUUUUUUUAAACCUUGGAAGGUCAAUUGCCUAGAAGGCGGGGGUUUUUUUUUGCUUUGAAUUUCUAUCGCUGCACGAUCAUAUCAAUGCUGGGGCUACGAUCCACUGGAAGUGGAGAAUUGUGAAGCAUUUACACGGAGUUUCUUC